AAACACACACACAUAUUUUGCCUCUCUCGAGCAAUGGAAAUUGAGCGAUGCCAACCAGUGGUAGCUAAAAAGCUAUGGAACAUAAUACGCAUAGUGUUCUUAAUGUUGAGAAAAGGCAUAGCGAAGAGCAAAGUAGCGUUUGAUUUCAACGUAUUAAUCAAACGUGGCAAACUCGCCGCGGGUAAGGCCAUAGCAAACACACUCACACUCCACCAGAGAUCACGAAACGACGUCGUUUACCCUCGUGACUACGAGUUCAGCUGCAGUAAUAGUCCCGCUUUUCCCUUUCACAAACGGAAGCAUUAUCACUAUCAUCAUUGUCACCGCUACGACGACGUUUCCGCUAUUGCGGUUCAGAAGGUUCUUGAGAUGCUGAACAACAACAAGGUGGAGGCUUCACCGUUGGUUACAUUGCCAGGGUUUGGAAAGAGUCCAAUUGGGAAGCAACUUAGAAUCACCGAUUCACCCUUUCCUUUGAAGGAGGAAGAAGUGGACAACCAAGUUGACGUGGCAGCUGAGGAAUUUAUUAAGAGGUUCUAUAAGGAUCUUAAUUUGCAACACAAAUUGUUGGCUUCUAUCGACUCACCUAGUUACCAUUAUAAUUCAUGGGAUAGAUGAAAAAAACACGUGCACAUGUGGUGUUUCUUAAUUUCUAGCCAUACAUAUGAAGUUUUUAAUUUGUCACACAAAGUCAUCACAACCACCUUCUUCAUGUUUUUCACAGCUUUUAGUUUGUCAAGUAAAAAAGUCACGUGAUCGAUUUGGUAUCGCACACCCUCUCUGGAUGAGUAUUCAUUUGUGACUUUAUUACUCUGAUGUAUAUAGUA